AUGCUGAUCAUCCACCAAACCGGCGCCGUGAAGGUCGGUGAGGUUGUAAGAUAUACCGUGACCUACACUCCCAGCCUCGACCGCAUCCUCCCUCCUCCGACUCACCUCCAUGUCAAGAUCAAGAACACAGUCGCCGCACCACUCCGCGCGGCAUACCUGCAUGGCCCGUACACUCUAUACGUUGCAUGCUACCCAUCGACAUUCAACCCAUUCCGAAAACACGAGACUGUGCAUACCGAGGGAGCGCCAGACUUUGAACCACAACUGAAAGCGGGAGGACAUUGGACUGCUAAGCUCACGGUGCCAGAGGAAGUAAGGGAGGAUGCCCAAAGAUACAGCACCGACAACAGGCUCAAGGGUGGGGGCGAGAGGAAGUCCUUCACGUGGAUAAUAGAGGUCGCUUCGCAGAUUAUAUUCUCCAAGACAGCCAGCGUCGAGUAUGAGCUUCUGGUGGGACGAGAUGAGAAGUCUGUGGAUUUGGGAUUUCACGGUGUCAUUGGAUCUGGUCAGGGCGCUCCGGGCAAGCUCGAAGAUCACCAGAGGGGCCGUUCAAAAUCUACACCAGCGCAUCACAAGGGCGUCUUCUCCAAGGCAAUCAGGCUGGCCGUGGAUGAUACCGAAAGUCUUUGGAACACCCCUCCAUUUCCAGAAUGGGAGACAGACGACCAGGGUCAGUCGCAAGUGGCCAUAGAGCAGGGCCCGCAGCACGGUGACAAGCGAGACGCGGCCGCGAAACCGGAGAAGAAGCAGAGGACCCAGAAGAAGAUCCACUUGGUUCUGCUAACGCAUGGUAUUCACAGUAACGUCGGUGCGGAUAUGCUUUUCAUGAAAGAGAGCAUUGACAGUGCAGCGAGGCAGGCCAAAGAAGACGCUAAAAAACGACGAGAAGAGUUGAGGGCAAGACGCAUGGCAAGGGAGAAUGACUUCGGCCGAACAGCAGUUGACCAAAGGGCGAAGUCGGUGCCGGAUGCAGCUAUUCUAGGUGACACUGUUGGAAACGACCCGGGUCCGAGCACGUCGACAGAGGAUGAAAAAGAAGAGGAAGCCGAAGAGGAAGAUGAGGAAGAGGUUUACGUACGAGGUUUUACCGGCAACACGGUCAAGACCGAGAAGGGGAUCCAAUACCUGGGCAAGCGUUUCGCGAAAUACGUCCUCUCUAUCACCUACCCGGAUCAGCCAUACCUGCCCGUCAAAUCCUCCAUGAACAAAUCUCUGUCGAAAUCGCUAUCCGCGCCCAUGUCGAAGACGCCUGGUCCGCAAGACCAGGGUAGUACCCAGCCAGCACACAAGAACAGUAGCAUCAUCAAGGACGAAAACCACCGGUCCCACAAUCUCCCUUACCGCAUCACAUCCAUCAGCUUCAUCGCGCACUCCUUGGGUGGCCUGAUCCAAACAUACGCAAUAGCCUACAUUCAGAAGCACUCACCCGAGUUCUUCGACCUCAUCAAGCCAAUCAAUUUCGUCGCUUUGGCUUCUCCUUUCUUGGGGUUGAGCAAUGAGAAUCCCGUCUACGUAAAGUUCGCUCUAGAUUUUGGACUUGUAGGACGGACUGGUCAAGACCUCGGUCUCACGUGGCGAGCGCCAACGCUAGCAAAAAGCGGUUGGGGAGCCGUGGUCGCUAAUUUCACAAAUGAAGCCAACAAGAAAUCACCAGACGAGUCCGACCCUGCUGCGAAGCCUUUGCUCAGGAUCCUCCCCACUGGACCGGCGCAUGUGGCGCUGAAGAAGUUUCGCAACCGCACCGUGUAUUCCAAUGUGGUCAACGACGGCAUUGUGCCAUUGAGAACUUCCUGUCUGCUUUUCUUGGACUGGCGGGGCCUUGGUCGUGUCGAGAAAGCGAGACGAGAGAGCGGCCUCGUUGGCACGAUGGUCGGGUGGGGUUGGGCGGAAAUGCUGGGCCACAAUGCCAGCGAGACGAGAAAGACCUUAACGUGGCAAAAUCUGUUUAGCGAUAGUGGCGACGACAUGGGCAAGGCCGGAAAGUCGUCUUCAGACCCUGAAUCAAAGGUGCCCCAAGCGGAGACAAGUGAAGGCUUCGAUCACGAUCAGCGAGCGUCGGAACCCGAAGACAACCAGUUCUUGGAGAGGAACGAAAGCCCUGUCGCGGGACGCACAGAUGUUCGAUCUGGUGCAGGUGCCACGUCGGCACCGAAUCUAUGGACGGAAGUUUUGAAUUUCUUCAAGCCACAUGCAGGAAGGCAAAAGACACCUCCAGGCAGCCCCUCUCGGAGUCCCAAGAGGACACAGAAGAUUUACAAGAGAGGUCAAACAAUGUCUUAUCAGCAAGGAGAAUCUGAAUCCGAAGAGCCUCCAAGAGAAAAAUCUCAAGAUGGGGGAACGAGCAGUGCUGCUGGCAAAGCCCCUGUCCGAGGAGCAUCGCUAUUCAGCAAUGGUUCUACAGACGAUGGCAACGCGAACGUUGAAGCACCUCCCAGGACAACGUUUUUUGAGUCAGCAGGAGAUCUCCUGAACCCACCACUGCCGCCCAAGGACUUCAUACUUGACCCUGCUGCCCGGCCGAGGACAAUAUUUCACGAUCGAGUCUACCAUCCUGGAGACAUCCCACCACCGCCAGCUAAACCCCCGCGGACAUUCGGGAUUAGACGUUCCGCGUCCAAUCUUGCAGCUCAAGCAUCUUCGUCGUCACAGCUCUCACCAGGCCCGGCAUCUCCUUCAGUCCCUCGUCCUGCGUCAGCCAAUCACUCUGGACCACCUUCGCAGUCGAAACCAGACCACAUUCAACCUCAAACCCACGAUGUGGGUAAUAUGAAGAUCGAGGAGAAGAUCGCUCGAGCUUACCACAAGGAUCUGUCAUGGCGAAAGGUCCUGGUGCGGCUGGAACCUGACGCGCACAAUAACCUGGUCGUGCGGCGCAUGUUUGCUAAUGCCUACGGCUGGCCUGUCGUCCGGCACCUGUGCGACACUCAUUUUGCCUAUACAGCAGCCGCGAAAACGAGGGACGAGGAUGAGGAGAACGUUGAAAGGGCGAUUGCACAGGAGGAGCCGCUCACUCGUGGCGAGCAAAGAGGUGAAAGUGUUCGCGGGCAAAGGGAGCUGCCCGACGAGAAGGAAGAAGGGAAUGCCAUCAGCAGCAAGAGGACGAAAACCACUGAUAAUAUUGGGGUCGAAGAGGCCAGUCCUGAAGAAGUCGAAGCUCUGCAGACCGACUUCCAGAAGCUGAGCACGACAUGGAAAAAGCAUGAUAGUCCAACGGCGGCUACAGCAGGGCGGACGAAGCGUACCGACUCUGAGGCUCGUGAGGCAAGAGACGAUGUCUCGGAGCUUGUUUCCCGAGUUAGUGCUACGGGCGAGAGCUAUCACAGCAUGAACUCUGGUAGGGCGGCACUGUCAAGACUCGCAAGGCAAGACAGUGCACGGUGGAGCGACCGCUUCUUCGAGGGCGGCGAUGACGGCGAGGAGGACGAGGACGAGGACGGGCUGUUGCAGGAGAUACGGAAAGCGAGGUACAGAGGUGAACUCAAUCGAAAGUUCAACAUCGACUUUGAUGUCGAGUCGGGCCCCAGUGACUCGGAGACUGGAAGGACGCCAGCAGAGAAGAUUUCCAACGGUCCACUCACAGUGAGUCCGGCCAGUACUAAGCUGAGCAGAACCAAGGGCAAAGGCAACGGGAAAGGAAAAGAGUCCGAACACAUGAUUACUACACCAGAUAUGCCUCUGUCGGCAGAACCUGCUGAGCUGGAGCCGCUUUCGCACUCCUCCGCAGGGACGAAUACGCCCAGACACAACACAGCGAGCGAUGUUGAAGAAGGCCCAGAGCUGGAGCCGGGAUCUAUCACUUCACCGAGCACGGCGGCUGCUUUGGGUCUGUCCCUCAAUGAGAAGAUUGACGAAACCCGGAAACCACAGACGACGUCUGGGGGUACGGAAAAUGCGGGAGGUGUUGCGGAACAGGUGGCUCUGGCUACGACAAGGAGUCGAGACAGCCAGGAGGACAAUUCGUGA